AUGAGGGAGCCGGGAGAGAUUGAGAAGGCACCAGUAGAUGCUGGGGUGUGUAUUCAGCAUUCUUGCCACGAACAUGACUUGAUCAGGUACGAUCCUGGUAAAAUUCCUGAAGAUAAGCAGGAGCUGCUUUCGGGAAUGGAUUAUGAAAAGUGCUAUGCCUGCUCAAAUUACGUGAAAAAGAUCGAUUACUUCUGCAACGAAUGCGAUUUCUUCUUGCACAAACGCUGUGCUGACUUACCGAGAGAGUUCCACAGCCCGUUUCACAUCGAACAUCCUCUCACUCUCCUACAUAAGUUGCCUUAUCCUUCAAGAUGUAAUAUUUGUGAAGCAAUUAUAAGUGGUAAAAUAAACUAUGCGGAAGUUGAAUGA